AUGAGCACCAAACGAAAAGGUCCGGAAUGUGACAAUACAGCCAAGAAAAAGUCGACUCGUCAUCGCGCUGCUCUCGCCUGCGAAGAGUGUCGAGCUCGCAAGCGAAAAUGUGAUGGGGUGACACCAGUAUGCGGUGGUUGUGUGAAGCGCCUUACCGCCUGUAUCUAUGCUUCUGAAAUCCAGGCCGAGGCAUGGCGCGAUAGUAUGAUUCAGUCCUUAAGAAAUCGCUUAGAAGAUCUCGAAAAAGGAGAGGAAACACUGCCAGUAGCGGAGAAACAUGCUUUCGGCCGUGAAAAUGAUAUUCAGACCUCAACCCCUCAACCCAACCUCGAAAUGGAGGCCAGUAUGCUUAGGGCCAGCACGCAGAAUGAUCAGCCUCCCCGAUCUCCUGCGGCAACUUUACAUAUCACCACCGAAGGUGUUCCCAGGGAUCGGCUGGAACUUGGGAUUGUCGAUAGUCAGAGCAAGUCAGCCGAAAGCCCUGAGUUUACCACCCCGAAUAGCCGCCAUUCAGGAGGCUUGGAGCUCUGCGGUGUGGAGAGACUUAUGGAACCUAUCGAUCAAGCCAUCGACUCCCGAAGUGGCCGCUUGAAAUCGACCGAGGUUUCAACUUGGUCAGAACAGGAUACACAGCGCGCAGAUGAUUAUUUUCGACUGGUCCAAGAAAUUGAUUUACUGGAUAUCUUGGAUUACGAGGUGGGGAUUGAGCUGGUCCAACUGGGCUUACUCAUGGGAUUCUAUCUCCAGAGCACAGAACGAUUCUCCAAAUGCUGGAAUAUUACCGGUCUCACUAUCCGGAUGGCCCAGAAUAUGGGGCUGCAAUUAAGUCUUGGUGAUGCUCGCCGCAAGGGUCUCUUCCGCCUUCACGCGACCCAGCUAGAAUGCGAGAUGCGGAUACGAGUUUGGUAUGGAUGUGUACUAUUGGAUCGAGAGAUUUCCAUGUCUUUUGGACGGCCGUUAAUGAUUGUCACUGGCUGCGAGGGUAUCCGGCUCCCCGAAGCAAUUGACGAUCAUAGGCUGGCUGAAGCAAUGGGACAAUGGAACUCCCAACCAGCUGGGUCCCCCAGCUUAUUAGAAUCGUAUAUACAAACCAUAAAACUCUACGAUAUCCUCAAACAUGUUUUGGAUAGGGAGGAGCUCAAGGUGUCUUCAAACGUUUGCCCAGAUGUUCGGUCUCUCCUGAGUCUAGAUACGAUGAUAAUGGAGUGGCGAGAUGCUUUACCACACUAUCUCCAAUACAAUCCGUUAUCUGAAAACACAAACUCGACAGAAACACGGUCUGCAGAGUCACAAGUGAAUUUCUCCGCCCAGGCCAAACGACUUCACACCAGAUUCUUGCAUGUUCGAGUCUUGAUCCUACGCCCUGCCUUGGAUCUCUUAUUUCAAAGGCAACAGCACACGCCACCGGUGCCUAACCAGCGAUCACUGGAGGCAAAGGUCCAGGACUUAACGUUAUCUGAUAUAGCGACACAGUGUGCGCUUUCAGCAAAUAGUUUGGUAAAAUUACUCAACAUUCACUCUCAAACCAAGAGCCUGGUUGCUUGGUGGUACAAUAUCAGUUAUCUGCACACCAGUGGCAGUACUCUCUUGAUGGCUCAAAUGUGUACAUUUAACGAUGUCGCCAUGUCUGGCGAGUUUUCGAGAAGCUGGGAUCUUUGUCUACAGUGCCUCUCGCGCUAUACUGCCUCACUGCCACCACUUCGGAGCCAAGAGUCAGCUUCCCAAGAGACCUGUCAACCCCAAACGAACGGAGACGCCCCUCCCGUGAACAAUCGCGCGGAGGAUAUUCCAGAUGAAAUGUGGCGGUUUUCACAAUCGACGGCUCGCGCGGAAGAUGGGUUUACAGUAGAUCCAAUGCCAGUGCCAGCAAUCGACUCAACAACUCUGCAUGGACCAGACGCGGGUUUCUGGACCAGCGACGCCGGUGAGGGCUCAUAUUGGCCAUUCAUGCCAUUCCUUUCCCAGCUAGAAACACUCCCAACGGACUUCGACCUGUCAAACUUGGAGUAA